AUGUCUAAAUGGAUUCAUCCAAAAUAUAAUGAACAGUGCAAAAAUAACGCUCCUUCUUCGACAAGCUCGACAUUUAUUGAUAGUAGAAAGGUUCCUCGUGGUUUUUGGUUAACUUUAUUCAAUGAUAAAUGCCCAAAAGGACUUGGAMAAACCAGUGAAAAAUUAGCGAAUGACAACGACCUCUCUUGCGAGGACUUUCUUGAACAAAUUGGUGAUUCUGACGAGUUUAAUGUUGAACKUGGACUUCAAAAUGAGCUCMCUUACCAGUCAAUAUCACCWGUCACAGACGAAGAUAAAGCAAAGAGUCAAGAUGAUUUAAAUGGUGUUUGCAGUGAGGGCAAACAAGUUUCCAAUCAAGAAUGCCAAGGAUUCAAAACACCAGUUCUAGAGAAGCACAARAGUUCUAGCUGUGAAGUGUCAACUCCUUAUCUGUUCAGCCCUGACCUACUGAGUCAAGGUACUCAAGAUGCUGUCUGUACCCCUAAAGAUUACCAUGGAACAGCAUAUGAACAUAAAUCAACUGGUUCACAGUCACUCCAGGCAAUAAUACCAUCUCUUGACAAUAAUGGUGUCAACAKUAUAUUCCAGUCAAGUCCAGACAUUCUUGAUCUGAUGGUAGCAGAGAAGAGACCAAGAAGUAGCCUGGCAUUUCUAUCUGAUGGUAAUUCUGAUGACAGUAUAGAUGAAUGGUCUGAUKCCAUGGCAACUCCUCCAAUGCACUGGAGUCCAUCACAAGGAUCUGCAGAAGAUAAUAACACCGAUCAACAGAACCAAGAAAAGAAUGUUGCCAGGACACUUUUCAAAGGAACAAGCAAAGAAAUAUCUCAAGGUUUAGGAAUGUCAGGAUUUUCUAUCUUGGAUUCAUGUGAAGAAAAACUAGAUAAAUCACAUAGAGUUUUAACUGGAAAACAACUUGUGGAGGUUUCAUCCUUGUCACAUGAUGAUUUCCUACCAAAGGUUAUAAAUGGAAGUACUUUAGUKAAUGAACAAUCUAUUAGUAACAAAUCAAACCAAGAGGACUAUUUACCACUACAAGAGAAUCAAACAGUGAUAAAAAGUGAUGSAUCAGAGGUAGCCAAUACAUCCCUCAAUGCCACAUUAACAAUGUUUCCACCAACUUUACCCUGCAACAGCCCACUUUCUCAAGAAACUACACUUUUAUCAGAGCUUGCRCAGUCCACACCUAAUGCAUCAGUUUCUAAAAGCAAUAGGAACAUUGAAGAGAGUGAUAAAUGUAGAAUUAWAGUUAAAAGAAACAACAGUAAGAACAGCAUGCGUCACAGGUCGACUAGAGGUUCUCCAUUCUUUACAAAGAGUCUGUCAAAUGAACAAAAAGACAAGGCAAGYCAAGAUACUUGURAUUCCYCACAUGACUUGUCAGUGCAARYCCCUAAGACGUCAAGUGUUUGUGGGAUAAUAGACAGGGUAACAAAUGCAAAAGAUGUCAGUGACRUUUCAGUUGGAUCGCUUUCCAAGUCCUUGGAGCAAGAGAUGGUAAAACAAGCAGAAAUUGCUUCAACUGCAACAGUUUGUUUCACAUCAGGUGAAAAUAGUACUGAGAGCGACACAAGACAUCAAAACGUACGUGACAGGAAAGAUCAAACACUUGAGUCAAAUGACUUAAGCAGUUGUUCUCACGAAAAAGAAACCAUAUUCUCUCACAAUGAUAAUGACGCUCUAGAAGAAAGAUGUAUUAGGAAAACCAAUGCAACUCGUGUUGAAACAAUCAWACAACAGAAACGGAAAAGCCCUUCUCCGGUUCUUUCAGUUAAGAGGUCAUCUAAAUUAAAAMGAUUUUCUUAUCCAAAUGCAAAACACUCGAGAGAUUUCAAAACUGACUACACAAAUAGCAACUUGAUUCAGAAAGAAAAGGAACCCUCGGAAAACCUUUUACAUAAAAAUGAGUCUUAUAAAAAGAAYGCAAAAGACRAUGUGAGCUUCAAACUCUUGGRAAAUACACAGAAAAUCGUGUUAACMUCAGAAAAUCGCGUUAACYUGUAUCAAGAAACAGAAAUGCCACUUGAGACCUUUGAGCAAACUAAAGACGAAAAAAAUGUCAAGUCAGAUGAAAAAUGUACCGACCAAAAAGACAAGGAAGUGGAGUUUGAGCAAACCGACUCUGAAAAUGAUAUCCUGGCUGAAGAAGUUACAGACCGCACCCUUAUGAUGGUUCCUGAAAGCACAACCCCAGCAUGUGAGCAAUUGUUUGACAUGGAUGCUCUAAGCCAGUUCCCAUACGAAAUGUCAUCACCGCCUGUUAACAGGAGCAAUGAGAGUCAAAAGCUCGACCAAAAUGGAACUUCUCCUGACCAAAAUGCAGAUAUUAAGUUGAAUAAAAGCUGGUCUGAAAUAGAACCGGUAAACAAUUAUGGCCCAAUGACAGGCAAAUCAAGUGUUAGUGCUAUGGCAGAUGGCAGUGCUGCCUCUACGAAUUUUCAACAGCAUUCCACGUCGGGAUUCAAGACUGCAAGUGGCAAGGAUGUCAAUAUCUCAGAAGAAGCUUUGAAGAAAGCAAAAGCCAUGUUUGAAAUGGAAAAUCAACAACCGAGUGCUGCCUCUUCAAAUUGUAAACCGUCUUCCAUGACAGGAUUCAAGACUGCAAGUGGCAAAGAUGUCAAUAUCUCAGAAGAAGCUUUGAAGAAAGCAAAAGCCAUGUUUGAAAUGGAAAAUCAACAACCGAGUGCUGCCUCUUCAAAUUGUAAACCGUCUUCCAUGACAGGAUUCAAGACUGCAAGUGGCAAAGAUGUCAAUAUCUCAGAAGAAGCUCUGAAGAAAGCAAAAGCCAUGUUUGAAAUGGAAAAUCAACAACCGAGUGCUGCCUCUUCAAAUUGUAAACCGUCUUCCAUGACAGGAUUCAAGACUGCAAGUGGCAAAGAUGUCAAUAUCUCAGAAGAAGCUCUGAAGAAAGCAAAAGCCAUGUUUGAAAUGGAAAAUCAACAACCGAGUGCUGCCUCUACGAAUUGUACUUCGUUUUCCACCUCAGGAUUCAAGACUGCAAGUGGCAAAGAUGUCAACAUCUCAGAAGAAGCUUUAAAGAAAGCAAAAGCCAUGUUUGAAAUGGAAAAUCAACAACCAAGUGCUGCCUCUACAGAUUGUACUUCGUCUUCCAUGACAGGGUUCAAGACUGCAAGUGGCAAAGAUGUCAAUAUCUCUGAAGAAGCUCUAAAAAAAGCAAAAGCUAUGUUUGAAAUGGAAAACAAACAAUCAAGUACUGUCUCUGCGAAUUGUAAACCGUCUUCCACGUCGGGAUUCAAGACUGCAAGUGACAAGGAUGUCCUGACUAUCUCUGAAGAAGCUAUGAAGAAAGCAAAAGCCAUGUUUGAAAUGGAAAAUCAACAACCAAGUGCUGCCUCUACAGAUUGUAAACCGUUUUCCAUGACAGGAUUCAAGACUGCAAGUGGCAAAGAUGUCAAUAUCUCUGAAGAAGCUUUGAAGAAAGCGAAAGACAUGUUUGAAAUGGAAAAUCAAGAAUUUAGUGCUGGCUCUGUGAGUUGCACAUCGUCUUCCAUGACGGGAUUGAAAACAGCAAGUGGUAAAGAUGUCAGUUUCUCAGAAGAAGCCUUGAAAAAAGCAAAAGCUAUGUUUGAUACAGACAAUCAAGAGCUUAAGCACACGUCAACUAAACUUUCAAAAACUGUUUGCGCAGAGAAAAACACUUGUGUAAAAGGGGCAUACCAGACAUUAACUGACGURAAGCAAGAUCAGGAAGUCCCUUCAGAAAGCAAAGCAAAGUUACUAAAUUCAAGCUGUCAAAAAGCACCAAUACAUGUUGAGAACACCAAAACGCCCUCUAAUUCCCCAGCUACAGAMAUAGACGACCAUUUAACAAGAGAGAUUUUAGAAAGUUCUGCUGCGCUACUUGCAGAUGAGUCAUUUACUGACCUUACCGAUUGCCUUGGUCACGAAGAGAAAACAAUUCCUGUACCAGUCAGAAUUCCAGAGAAAGUAGAGCGUAGUUCUGGUGRUAAGGUUAUGAGAACUCCAUGUCACUCAGAACCAUAUCUAAAGAGAGAAGCACUAAUGUCCAAUGCAAGAAAGCGUUAUAAAUCAUUUUUAAUGGAUGAAGAAUUGGCGAACUCACCUUCCAUAAUUUCAAGAACAUCUCUKAAACCAUCCAAACCAUCCCCUUCRUGUAAGUUCAGUAUUUCCWUGUAA